AAAAUAUUGAAAUUACCAAUAUAUUUAAAUAAAACUUCAAAUAAUGCAUUUUUUUAAUAAGAACAACAAUUAUGAAUAACGUUAUAAAAUCCAAAGUAAGAAAUCUUUGAAUGUAUAGAUUUAACUGUAUUUUACGAAUAAUUAAAAUCAUAUGGUAUGUACACUGAUAAUAUUUCUUUGACAAUAUGUUUGAAUUUGAAAUUUAUCAUACAAAUUUUUAUUUUAAAUUUUAAUUUAUAUUAAUGAUUUUAUUUAAUUUCAAAAAUCAUCAUUAUAUUUGCCAAAUUGCCAUAUGAUUGCAAAUGUCAACGAGAAAUCGAUUCAAAUGUCAAAAUACGUGUCCAUUUGCCUAUAGGGAUAUUUAUCUGAUAUUUUGUUAUCUAAACCUAAUCAAUUAACAAAUAAAGAUAUACCAUUCAUUAAUUGAGACUGUAAUUGUAACAAAUACAGCCUUCUUUGUCAAGGGCAAUCUUUGGAUUUUUAGAGCAAGAACUUCCUCAGAACAUUAAAAAUGACUGAAAUGUUGAAAACAGUUUUAAGUUAUUUUCUUUCCGAGGAAUGUAUUGAAACGUACUUGGUUUUCCAUGACUUCACCGAUGGUACAUGUUUUAAAUUACUGUUGAGCAAAUGUCUUGGAUAUGCAAUUAUCGCUGGAUCUAUUUUAGUCAAGAUACCGCAAGUUUUGAAAUUGAUCAAAAACAAAUCUGGUGAGGGUAUUAACUUGAUAAGUGUACUUUUGGACCUCACAGCGAUAACGUCGCAUAUGUCGUACAACUACGUUAAGGGUUAUCCAUUUAGUGCUUGGGGAGAUAAUACAUUUCUGGCCCUGCAAACUGCUGCUAUCGCUGCUUUAGUUCUUUUUUAUGGUGGCUCUAAGGGAUUAUCCCUGAUCUUCGGCAUUUUCUAUACGCUGGUAGUGUACGUACUCAAUUGCGGCCUAACUCCAAUCAAUUUCUUGCUGGUAGCACAAGCAUUUAAUAUACCUAUACUACUUCUGGGUAAACUCUCACAGGCAUGGACAAAUUACAAGAAUAGUUCAACAGGUCAGUUAUCCGCAGCAACUGUUUUUUUGUUAUUUGCUGGUUCGUUAGCCCGCAUUUUUACCUCUACACAAGAGACUGGAGAUGCUAUGAUAAUUGCAACAUUCUGUGCGUCCACAUUUGCCAAUGGCGUGAUUGCUUCACAAAUGGUAUACUACUGGAACAAACCAGGAAAGAGUAAGAAAGCCAAUAUUGGAAAGACUUCAACGAAACCUAUCUCUGCACCCAAAAAGGGUAAAAGCAAAAAAAUUGACUAGAUGGAUAGUCGAAAUCACCAUUUUCAAAGCUAGGUAUAUUGUAAAGGUAUUUUCUUGUUUAAAAGGAAUUUUUUCAUAUACCUGUGUGGUGUUUAUAAGUUAUAACAUAACAGAAUAAAUAAUUACGACACCGAAUGGCGUAGAAGAAUUUGUGAAUUCUUUAAAUUAUUGCGGUUACUGCAUAAAUAAAUAAUAACAAAAGAAAUUA